AUGGCGGCAAAGCUAAGCUUAUUGCUGGUCUUUCUCUCCUUCUGCUCCCUUCUUUCACCUUCCUUAUCCAAUGUCAUCACCAACAGCGUAAAUUGGUGGUGCGACAAAACUCCAAACCCUGAACCCUGCAAAUACUUCAUAAACCAAAAACCGAUCAGAUUUUUACCCAUCGGGAAAUCCCAGUUCCGCAAAAUGGGGGUUGAGCUAGCCAUGGAACGAGCCCUUACAGCACAGACCCACAACAAGUGGCUCGGAAACAAGUGCACCAACGAGAAAGAAAAGGCUGCAUGGGCUGAUUGCUUGAACCUUUAUGAAGAAACCAUCUUCCAACUCAACCAAACCAUAGAACCAAACACAAAAUGCACCGACUUCGACGUCCAAACAUGGCUUAGCACUGCGCUAACUAACCUGGAAACAUGCCGUGCCGGGUUCAUCGAACUGGGUGUGCCGGAGUUCAUGCUCCCGCUCAUGUCUAACAACGUUUCGAAGCUUAUUAGCAACAUCUUAGCUAUCAAUAAACCUUCGAGUUCGCCACCAGAAACUUACUAUAGCGAGGGUUUUCCAACGUGGGUGAAGCCUGGGGAGAGGAGGCUGCUUCAGGCGUCAUCGCCGAGACCGAACCUGGUGGUGGCGCAAGAUGGGUCCGGGAAUUUCAGGACGAUCAAGGCCGCGCUGGACGCGGCGGCGAAGAGGAGCGGGAGCGGGAGGUUUGUGAUACGCGUAAAGCGUGGGGUUUACAAGGAGAAUUUGGAGAUCGGAAAGAAACUGAAGAAUAUUAUGUUGGUUGGUGAUGGUUUGAGGAACACCAUUAUCACUGGAAGUAGAAGUGUUAAAGGAGGUUCCACUACUUUUGCCUCUGCAACUGUUGCGGUAACCGGGUCAGGAUUCAUAGCCCGCGGGAUUACUUUCCGCAACACAGCCGGCCCGCAAAAUCACCAAGCAGUAGCUCUCCGAUCCGGAUCCGACUUCUCCGUCUUCUACCAGUGCGGCUUCGAGGGUUACCAAGACACCCUCUACGCCCACUCGCAGCGCCAAUUCUACAAAGAAUGUUACGUUUACGGCACCGUCGACUUCAUUUUCGGCAACGCAGCCGUCGUCUUGCAGAACUGCAUGAUCUACGCCAGGAGACCAAUGGAUAAACAAAAGAUCACCAUUACUGCUCAAGGCCGAACCGACUCGAACCAGAACACCGGCAUUUCGAUCCACAACUGUCGGGUCAUGGCCGCACCGGAUUUACAACCCGUGCUUAAUUCCUUCAAGACUUUCUUGGGUCGGCCGUGGAAGCAAUACUCUCGCACUGUUUUCAUGAAGACUUAUCUUGAUUCAUUGGUUGAUCCGGCUGGGUGGCUCGAAUGGGAUGGCAAUUUUGCUCUCGACACUUUGUAUUACGGGGAGUAUAAGAAUAUUGGACCCGCAGCUCCGGUUAGCGGAAGGGUUAAAUGGCGGGGUUAUAGGGUUAUAACUAGCGCCGCCGAAGCUUCAAAGUUCGCCGUCGGGAAUUUUAUCGCCGGAAACUCAUGGUUGCCGGCGACUGGUGUGCCGUUCAAAUCUGGACUUUGAGUUAUCAA